CUGGAGGGGGUGGUCCGGCGCGGGGGCCGUUGGCUCCAGACAAAUAAACAUGGAGUCCAUCUUCCACGAGAAACAAGAAGGCUCACUUUGUGCUCAGCAUUGCUUGAAUAAUCUAUUGCAAGGAGAGUAUUUUAGCCCUGUGGAGUUAUCUUCAAUUGCACAUCAGCUAGAUGAAGAAGAGAGGAUGAGAAUGGCAGAAGGAGGAAUUACUAGUGAAGACUAUCGCACAUUUUUACAGCAACCUUCUGGAAAUAUGGAUGACAGCGGGUUUUUUUCUAUUCAAGUUAUAAGCAAUGCCUUGAAAGUUUGGGGUUUAGAGCUAAUCCUGUUCAACAGUCCAGAGUAUCAGAGGCUCAGGAUCGAUCCCAUAAACGAAAGAUCAUUUAUAUGCAAUUAUAAAGAACACUGGUUUACAGUUAGAAAAUUAGGAAAACAGUGGUUCAACUUGAAUUCUCUCUUGACGGGUCCAGAAUUAAUAUCAGAUACAUACCUUGCACUUUUCUUGGCUCAACUACAGCAGGAAGGUUAUUCUAUAUUUGUUGUUAAGGGUGACCUGCCAGAUUGUGAAGCUGACCAACUCCUGCAGAUGAUCAGGGUCCAACAGAUGCAUCGACCAAAACUUAUUGGAGAAGAAUUGGCACAAUUAAAAGAACAGAGAGUCCAGAAAACAGAUCUGGAACGAGCCUUAGAAGCAAAUGACGGGUCAGGAAUGUUAGACGACGACGAGGAGGAUUUGCGGAGGGCUCUGGCACUGAGUCGCCAGGAAAUUGACAUGGAAGAUGAAGAAGCAGAUCUCCGCAGGGCUAUUCAGCUCAGUAUGCAAGGUAGUUCCAGAAAUGCAUCUCAAGACAUGCCACAGACAUCAGGUACACAUCUUACUUCAGAGGAGCUACGGAAGAGGAGAGAAGCCUACUUUGAAAAGCAGCAGCAGCAGCAGCAGCAGCAGGAUCCACCAGGACAGAUUUCAUGUCCAUGUGAAAGGCCGACCACAAGUUCGGGAGCACUGGGCAGUGAUCUAGCAGGUGAUGCUAUGAGCGAGGAAGACAUGCUUCAGGCGGCUGUGACCAUGUCUUUAGAAACUGUUAGAAACAAUCUCAAAACUGAAGGAAAACAAUAGUACCUUUUACACAUCAUUUAGAUGUUCAUACUUUCCAACAUUAUCCUGUGAGAUUAGGGUCCAUUUUGCUAAUGUGUCACAGAGAACAAUGUUCAACAGAGGAAAUAAGACUUUUAGGUGGUUUGCAAACAAAAAGAUGCGAAAGUGGAAAAAUGCGUCAGUUGUAGGACUGAAUAACGAUCCUCCAAAUACUAGCCAAAGAGGCAUUCUGCGAUUAAAGAAAUUUAAAAUGUUUUCUAAAUGUUCCUUUUUCUUUUUUGAAUGUGCAAUAUCUAACAUGUCUAAAAUUAGGGCAUUUUUCUUGGAUCUUUUUGCAAACCAACUGAUUAGCGCUUGCCACAGAACUUUUUCCAUAUAUUUUGUUUUGUUUUCCUCACUUUGGUGUAGGUAAUUUGGCUCACUUUCAUCAUCUAAUCAUUGCUUUUAUGUUUCAUUAACCAAAUUAACCUUUUGGGACAGUGUCUUUAGUCUGUGUUGAUAAUAGUAAUGGUUCCAGAAAGAUAAGCUGUUCUCCCUCUAACUAUGUAUUGUGCGCUUCAGUGUUUUCUCAUGUUAUUUUCUUUGAUCACAAUUUCUCUGCUACUCGGUUUUUAUUAUUUUUCU